AGGGUAGCGAAGGGGCUGAUGAGGUAAAUAAUAGAACCCGUAAUAUCACAUGAGCAACUCGACACACCAACACGGCACCGUUCUCUCUCCGUCUGUCUCUUCUCUUCCCACAACUCUCAUAGGGCUUCGCUCCUCCCCCUUCUACUCUCUCUCUAAAAAACAUACAAAUCACCUAUUCAUUUUCCACUCGAUCUGCGACUCACUCUCUCCCACCUAGUUUCACGAUCCAUUCUUAUCCGAUCCCCAAUUCUCUCUCUCUCUCUCUCUCUCUCCCUCCUCUCUCUGUCUCUCUCGUCCCCUCUCUCUCUCUCUCUCUCUCUCUCUGUUUCCACUGUUCUUUCCUACACUUAAACAGAUCCAAACAAGUAAAUAGAGAGAGAGAGUAGUAGCGUGGGGGCAUUUUCGAUGGGAAUGCCCGAACGAUGAGCAAAGCCAGCAUCCAACAACAACAACAACAAGACGAAGAGUGUUUCCACGAUUCUCUCGAUCGCAUUCUCUCCUCAACUAACUCCUCUUGCUCUCCCUCUUCUUCCGAAGAAGAAGAAGACGAACACGACGUUGCGCAUUCCCCUAAUUUCAACCCUAAUUAUGCUCAAAAAUCGAAAUUCCCCAUGGGCGUUUUGCACAACUACGACGUUUGGAUCUCCCAGCCUUCUUCUGUCCAGGAACGCCGCUCUCGUCUUCUCCGUAACUUAGGUCUCGCCCGUGAUUCUAAGUUUAGUAGAUCGCUCGCUUUGGAUCACGGUGAGAUUCAAUUAAACAAUGAUGAUAUUCAUAAUGAUAAUCAAAAUGAUGUUCGUGUAGCUGCUAGUUGUAAUGCCGAAAUGUUGCGAUCUAAAUCCGAUGGUGACACGGGGAAAUGUAGUAGUAAUGGUAAUGGUUUUUGUAAUGAUUCUGUUUGUUGUUUGCCCGAAAUUCUUUGUAUUGAUUCCUCUGUGGUGGUAGGUAAUGAUUUAGGGUGUUGUCAUGGGACGGUUGUAAAUAAACAUCAUAAUCGGUCUUGUAGUGGAUCAGUAGCAUUGCCGGGUGGUAAUGGUAGUACUGUUUCGCCUAAUAAGCCGCCUCUUGGGAAACAUAGUCGAGUGGAUUCUACAAGAAAGAGUUUGAGUGGUAACUGUAUCUCGUUUGUUGUUAGGGAGAGUGGGGGCGGGGAAAGGGCAAGGGUAAUGGAAGGGGAGGGGGAUUUGGAUUGUGAUUUGAUUGGUAGUGUUAGCGAUCCUGCUUGCACGAUAAAGAAUCUUGAUACGGGGAAGGAGUUUGUGGUGAAUGAGGUCAGAGGUGAUGGAUCGUGGGAAAAAGUUAAGGAGGUUGCUACGGGAAGGCAGUUGACUAUGGAGGAAUUUGAGAUGUGUGUUGGGCAUUCGCCCAUUGUUCAGGAAUUGAUGAGGAGACAGAAUGUAGAGGAUGGUAAUGAUAAGAACAAUUCGGAUUAUAAUGGGAAUGGUGAUGGGGCAAAACUGAAAAAGAAAGGUAGUUGGUUGAAAAGUAUAAAGAACGUUGCUAGCUCUGUGACAGGCCGUAAGGAGAGACGGAGUAGUGAUGAUAGAGAUACUGCUUCAGAGAGAGGUGGGCGGAGGUCAAGUUCUGCAACAGAUGAUAGCCAGGAAGUUUCAUUUCAUGGUCCAGAGAGAAUACGGGUCAGACAAUAUGGCAAGUCAUGUAAAGAGGUGACAGGGCUUUACAAGAGUCAGGAAAUUCUGGCUCAUACCGGAUCUAUUUGGACAAUUAAGUUUAGUUUAAAUGGUAAAUAUCUUGCCAGUGCUGGUGAGGACUGUGUUAUUCAUAUAUGGAAGGUUGGGGAAUCCGAAAGAAAAGGCGAUCUUUUGUUAGAUAAGAGCGAAGAUGGGAAUCUGAGCCUUCUACUUUUAACUAAUGACUCGCCUGAGCCAAAUUCAGGAUCACCAAAUUUUGGGAGCCAGCUUGAAAAGAAACGAAGAGGACGGUCAUCUAUAAGCAGAAAGUCUGUCAGCCUUGAUCAUGUUUUUGUUCCAGAGACGGUAUUUGCACUUUCAGAAAAACCUUUCUGUUCAUUUGAAGGACAUUUAGAUGAUGUACUUGAUCUUUCAUGGUCCAAGUCUCAGCAUUUGCUUUCCUCUUCAAUGGAUAAAACUGUGCGGCUCUGGCACCUGACCAGCAAAUCUUGUCUAAAGACUUUCUCACACAGUGAUUAUGUUACUUGCAUCCAGUUUAAUCCUGUUGAUGAUAAUUUCUUCAUCAGUGGAUCACUAGAUGCUAAGGUUCGCAUAUGGAAUAUUUCUGAUCGGCAAGUUGUUGAUUGGAGUGAUCUGCAUGAGAUGGUCACUGCUGCAUGCUAUACGCCAGAUGGUCAGGCUGCACUAGUUGGUUCAUACAAGGGAAGCUGUCGCUUGUACAACACAUCUGACAAUAAAUUGCAGCAAAAGACUCAAAUCAAUUUGCACAACAAAAAGAAAAAAGGGCGUCACAGAAAAAUUACUGGAUUUCAGUUUGCACCAGGAAGCAAAUCAGAAGUACUUAUAACGUCUGCAGAUUCACGAAUCCGAGUAGUAGAUGGAGUUGAUCUAGUUCACAAGUUCAAAGGGUUCCGCAACACAAACAGCCAAAUAUCUGCCUCCCUUACUGCUAAUGGGAAGUAUGUGGUGUGUGCAAGUGAGGAUUCUCAUGUCUAUAUCUGGAAACAUGAAGCUGAUUCUCGACCUAGCAAAAGCAAAGGUGUGAAUGUCACACGAUCAUAUGAACACUUCCACUGCCAAGAUGUAUCUGCAGCCAUCCCUUGGCCAGGUAUGGGGGACAUUUGGGGACUUCAAGAUGGUUGUUCUGGAGAACUCAACGGACUUGAUGAUCAUCCUGAAGAAGCCUCCUUAGCGAAUAACCCUCCUACACCAGUAGAAGAUGCUAACGUUAUUGAGAGCUCACCUUUGGCAACUGGAUGUACAAGUAGCCCAUUCCAUGGAACCAUCUCUAGUGCAACAAACAGUUAUUUCUUUGAUAGAAUAGCGACAUGGCCAGAAGAAAAACUUCUUUUAGCUGCUAAGAAACGUAGCCCACAUGUGAGUGUGGACUUCUCAAAUGGCGUUAACCAGAGACGAUCAGCCUGGGGCAUGGUGAUCGUAACUGCUGGUCUUCGAGGUGAAAUCCGAACUUUUCAGAAUUUUGGAAUGCCAGUGUGUAUUUAGGGUCCCGAAUAUGUUGUUGGAGAGGCAAUAGCUAUCGCAGGUCAUCACCCCAAUUAAUCCAAGUUGGCAAAUUUGUACAGCAAUAUUUCACAAGAUUUGUUAUUAAUGGUGAGUUCCAUUUCUUUUUUGAUUUGUGUUUCUUGCCAGUCGAAUUGAUGAUAGGUAGUCUGACUAGGCAUUGAGAAAAAAAAGAGUAGAUUUGUUAGGAAUUACAUAUAUAUACACUAUAGCUUUCUUUCUAUCUGUGUAAAUGCACCGGUCAGAUAUAAAUUUUUUCAGUUGUAUUAAUAUCCAGUUUUCGGUUAUACAUAAAACUUUUAUCC